AUGGUGCCGCUUGUUAGCCUGGACUCGUCGUCUCCUUUCCAUGGUUGUGCUUCCUCAAUGUUGCAGACAGCUGUGGACAGCUGUGGCAAGGUCGAUGGCCUUUAUGAGCAUUGUUUCGACGAGCGGAUCCAAAGGGACCUGGAGAGAAAGUUGAACCUCCGUCUAUCGGACUACAUGCUUGCUCAGGUGAAGAGUCAUCCUGAUGUCCGAGGGGUUGGACUGACGAAGCGGCGGCAACCGGGUCUAGCGGGCCUCAUGCGGGGACAGGCCCAGCAAAGUGCGCUCAGUGCUGUUGGAGAGCGGAUGGAGGCGGACAAGGGCCAGCAAGCCCAAGCUUUGCUGCAGAACUUGCAGAAGUCUCUGGGAGAGUUUGCAUCUCGCCAUCGCGACCGCAUCAACUCCGACCCUCAGUUCCGUAAGUCCUUUUGCGAGAUGUGCAUUGCUGCUGGUGUGGAUCCGCUGGCAAGCAGCAAGGGUCUCUGGGAUGAGCUGUUGGGAGUUGGCCAGUUCUACAACGAUUUGGCGGUGCAAGUGUUAACACUUUGUCUCACAAGCCGGGAUGAGAACGGUGGCCUGUUGGACUUGAAGCAGUGUCUCACGACUCUCAGACGCUCUCGCGCUCGGGGCGAUCUCGGCUUGGAGGAUAUCGAAAGAGCAGUGGACUGCUUAGCCCAACUCGGCCCCGGUGUUUCCAUCCGAAUUUGCGGAAAGCAUCGCCUCAUCUGUUCCAUUCCCGAGGAGCUGAGCGACGACCCGGCCCAAGCAUUAGACCUCGCAGCUCGCAGAGGGGGAAAGAUCUGUGCUGAGGAUUUGAUCAAGACUGGAUGGGGUUCAGAGCGAGCCGAGAGUGCUCUCCGCCAUUGCAUCCGUGAGGGCUUGUGCUGGGUUGACACCCAAGAUGACCAGGUGCCCACAUGGUGCUGGUUUCCGAGCAUCGCCCUUGCGGAGAUGGACAAAUCCGGUCUGGGCUUGACCGGCACCGUGAAGACCAAAAAAUUGUGGUCAGCGAUGAGCGAAUUCGACCCGGAAGUGGCCAAAAAGUUCGAUGAGCUGCUCACCGCUUGCUGGGAAGCACCACAAACGAAGGAGACAGACAACAGCUGGUGGAAUUCUGGCAGUGGCGGUUGGGGCGGAGGCAAAAACGAUGAUGAUGAUUGGGGUACAUGGAAAGACCGAAGUCGCUCAACUCGGGGAGAUCGAACUGCCCGCAAAGAAAAUGGAGCCUCUUACGGUUGGGCCCAGCCGACCCAAGGCAAGCAGAAAGCCAAGGAGGAGCCUCCUCCAAAGAAGGCGAAGCUUGCUCAGAAACUGUCGCAGGUCAAGGGUGACAAGGACAACAAGAUCAAUAGCUUUAGGGAGGCUUUUAUUGACAAUCCUGGUCCUCCACGUCAGAUGCCCUAUGCAAAUCAGCACGACGAUCGCGCUGACAGCUUUGUAGGGGGUGAGGGCUUCGACACGCGCAGUGAAGGAGGCAAGUCGACCGCUUCCGGCGAGCCGAUAAGGGGCCGCAAUACGGACCCUGAGCGCUCCUUCAUGCGCUUCUGCGGGCAGCCGAAGCCGGAAGAUGUUCGGCCGCUGCACGUCCUGCGGGAGGCUCUCUUGCUGGCCAAAGAGAAGUGGAGGAGCCAAAGAGAUUGGAGCCAUGUUGGUGAGAUGUUAAGAAGCAUCUCACAAGACUUGAGGGUUCAGCAUUUGCACAACGGCUUUGCUGUCGAGGCUCACGAGUAUUGGGCAGAAGUCGCCCUCGAAUCAGGGGACUUUCGUGCCUUCAACACAGCAGCGCAAGAGCUGGAGGCCUAUUACGAGGACCCGGAGCUGGAGCAAGGUGCCGCCAAAGUGAAGGAGAUCUUAGCAUGGUACAUCCUGUACUUGGCCAUCGAGGGCGAGGGGGUGGCCACCAGCCGCUUCUUGCAGAAGCACUCGAAGCGCCUUGGUGUUGGCCAGGAGACCACGACACCUGUCGUGCAGUUCGCUCUGAGUCUCCGAAGAAAUCUGGCGCAGCAGCGAUUUCUGCAAGUCGUUAAAACUCUGGGUUCACAGCCCGCUGACAAUAAGAAAGAUGUCGCUGAAACACUGAUCCCUAACAGUCUGAGGCUGGAGAUGCUUCGCAAAGCCAAGCUUGAGGCGCUCAUCUCGCUUUGCAAGGCCUUUGACAAGAUGAGGGAUCUACGGCGCUCCCGCCUGGAAAGCCUAGAUCUUCUCUCUGAGGUUGAUGGCGGCAGUGAGCUGCCCAUCAUCUACCAGGAACCAGACGCUGACUUGGUCGACACUCACGCAACUCAUGAAGAGGCAAAGAAGCUGCUCGGGCAGCACGACAAGCGGCAGGUGCUACCAACAGGAGGCGUACGUAUUGUUCGCCGUCUGGGCCGGCCGUCCAAUGACCACCUGACAAAUUUCGUCCGCCAAAACAGCGGAGCGAACGCUGCGACGAAACCGCAACGGAAGCAGCCAAAAGUUACAAACCCUCGCGAGUAA